GCCUCAUGACCAGUCAAAUGCCACGCCGUUCGCGUUGAACGCAUCAGGAUCACCUGCAAGGCCACUUGACCCAGAAUUGCGCACUCAUCUUCCUUCGCCAUGACUGUGCCUCGUCCUGUCAUGAACGCCUCCUUCUCAGAGACAGAGGCGAGAGGAAGAAGCGAUGGGAGCAAUUACCUGCCUGGUCUGCAACACAUCUUUCAAAGGCACGGUGGCGAAGCGGAGGCGGCUUUGCCGGUGCAUAUUCGGGGUCGAAGAGAUGCCGGGCAUCCUGCGACGUCGUCGAUAACAACGUUGCCGCAAGGGACUUUUGGUAGAUCUUCGAGCAGUCCACUCAGCUCCCCUCGGACGAAUACUUCGCCGUGGCCCGGAAACGAAGCUGGAAGCAUGCCGAUGUCCCCGAACUAUUCGGCAUCUUCAGCUCAGAGCGCAACGACGGUCACUUCGACCCCUUGGGGCCCUCCUCCGCGGGGCGGUCCAACACCUCUUAGCCCCGCACCUCUCAUGUCUGCGAAAGCUCGAGGAAAGCAGCGGAUGGAUGAGCAGCUGUCAGCACUGCCAGAUGUUGUCGACCAGCCAUCAAAGCCGGCAACGAGACCAGAAUGGUCUUCCAUACCCAGGGAUCUGGAAGAUGUGCGGCGCGCGGGCUCCCAAGAUGAGGUUGAAGGUCACACUGACUCGACACGGCGCGCUUCUAGGGAGCGAAAGGCGAGACAAGCCGGCCAGCACAGUCAAAGCACUGAUGCAGAGAGCAGCGCAUCGGCAAUACCUGGCAACUCGCAAGAAGAAGGCAUCGGUAGCGUUCCUUCCACUCCGUCAUCAUACGAGCAAAGAUUCGGGGCCGGGGAGCUUGGGGCGAGCGACUUCAGUCCACUCGAGCGAGUGCUCACCCCCGAACAAGCUGAAUUGCAGCAACGAGAUCGUGAGCGACGCAGCCACAGCCUGGAGCUCGAUCGUGAGCUAGUGCGGCAAAGAAGUACCAGCAUGAGCGUAGCGCUGGGCAAGAGUCUCGACGCUGGUGGAGGACCUUCCUCGGCAGCUCACACUCGUAGUGUUCAGCGGAACAACUCAGAGACUCUUGCUGCUCUUCAUUCCGCGCGGUCUAUAUCGUUUCCGGAUGCUACGCCGUCCGCUCUAUUAGCAGCCAGCAACCGGCGGUCGCAAAGCACGCUCAUGGGACCGUCGACCUCGUCUGGGAUUGGCAACAUCCUCGAGCCUGGUGCGAACAGCCUUGUGCCCACAUCAGCAGCAUCGAGAAUGCAUCUGCGGCUUGCUACUUCCCCAUCCUCGCCUGCUCGAACACGGUCAAAGAGCGUGCCAGCUACGCCAAAAGGUCUUGCAGCGCCUGAUCAACGAAACAAGCUGCUAUCAUUCUUGCCUGGCGUACUGCCAGAUGGAAGACUUUCGGCAGCAGAGAUCCCACCACGCACCUCUUCACAUUUCUACGAACCCUUUUUCGCCCCUUUCGAGGGCAAGGAGACCAGUCCACCUCUGUGGAGACGCGAAAGGCCGAUCAGCGGAGCUGGUGGCAGUGGCCGCAUCAGUGCACUGUCGCACAUAUGGAGCAGCGGGGACUGGUUUACGACGCAGCAGCUGCUGGAAGGGAUCGAGAUGGAUCGUCGUGACUACGGUGAGAAUGCGCCAGACUUGCGGUCUUACUCCACCUUGUUCGCAGCCCAGACAAGGGCCGAGAUGCUGCACCAUCUAGAAGCGCUCGACGCCCUACAACCUCGUUUGCCCGCGGAUACCAAAGCUUUACGGCCUCUUCGUCUGCGGUCCACCCUCGCGCAGGUGCAUCAUCGACUAUUGCUGCUAGUGUCGUAUGCGCACGUCCCAGCGACCAUCUUCCUAGACUACAACGCCAUUUACACGCUCGUGCAAUUGGCGAUCUUUCCUUCAACGCCGGGCACAGCCGUGGCUUGGUGGGUCGCUGCAGGUGUCUAUGCCGCAUUCACGAUCUUCUGGCUCGCAGGAAUCGUGGUGAUAUGGGAAGGCUUGGUCGCGUACCGGCGUAUUUGGACAGAGCCACGACCCGCGGUUCUGCCAAUCUACUUGUCAAGCGCCGUCUUCACCUUGUCGUCUAUCAGAUCUUUUUCGCUGUAUUCUCUACUCUAUCGAGUCAGAUGCUCUGCACGCCCGGUUGAUGCAGCAUUGGAGACGAUGUGGUACUACCGCCAGAAUUGGCCCACGGUCGCCACCCUAGCGCCUCGCGCGAUCAUAUGUGCAGUCGUUCUGGCGCUCUACCAUCCAUUCAGUCCCUUCGCCGCGCUUAAUGGCAGGGACAGCACCUACUUCUCUCAAGAACGCGAUGAGCUGACGACCUUUGCGUACGUUGUACUCAUCAUCAACGCAUCCUGGGCUGCUUGGCGAUUGCUGCUUGUGCUGGCGUCAGCAACGCUACUCUAUGUGGGUGAGCGAUACCAAAGGCGGCGUCAGCUCAAGGGCUCUGCGACAGAGGAUCGUCGUGCAGCGUCCACAGGCACAGAUCGUCGGUAUAGCGCAUAUCGCGAUUUCGAUGACGCGCGAACCCAAUCCAGAGCUCAUAGCAGGACUGGGCUGCUGGCCAACUUCACCAAGAGAGAUGUGGAGAAUGGCUGGCGAAGCAGAGCUCAAGAUCGGGUUCGCGAUACAUUAUUGGAAUUCGGUCUGACAAGGGCGACGCAGAUCGUGGACGAGUCUGCUGCCCAAGUGACCUCAGCAGAGGCCUUAGAAAAAGGAGAUGGGCAGGAACGCGAUGAUGCUCAUCCGUCGCAGCUCAGAGCGUACGAGGCAAAUCCGACAGGCUCUAUGCCACUCAUAACAGAGCCCCGGCCCGCUCACCCUGGAGAUUGGGCGGAAGCGAUGUACGAAGAAGCCUCGCGAUCACUGGUCUCACCCAUUCAAGCCCCAUCUUCCAGCGGGAAGCUCUCUCAACAACGCGAAGCCUCGUCAGCUCUGUCUGAGGCAGACGUCGCUCGGCUCCCUGCUGCCUCCAGCACUUCUCUGCUCAGUGCGCCUGCACUCAUUGGAGCUACUGGCAGCUUGCCUCUGGCUGUGUCGAGCGAGCCUACUCUAGCACCCUUGACUGCUCGCGAGGACACUGUCUCGCUACCUCGAGGAAGCAGCAAGCGUGCUCGAGACUCUGAUGACUCUCUGGAGAUAAUCGAAGACGCCGCUGUUGCGCCGACCGGCCCGGACUCUUCUGCCAGCACUUCAGUCGCACAAAGUCAAGGUAGCAGCCCGAGAGUGAAGGGCAUCGCAUCUGUACAUUCGCCACGCGUGUCCGGUGAGCGAUCGAACGGGAGCGGUGCUGGGACGCCCGAAGCCAGGGCGAAAGACCUCGAGUCCGCUCAAAAAGGUCUAGUGUCUUCGCACGACUCUAAUGGAAGCAAACCUGGUCGACGAGGUCGCGCGACAUCUUCAGUGUCGUCUCUUGCCGAAUCUCUCAGAAACGCUUUCAGUCGGACUACUACAAGCUCCGGCGAAGGUUCACCAGCUGUAGCUGCAGCGUCAAAUCCCGACUUGCCCGAAGGAGCGCCUCCGGUGCCAAAUCUGCCACCAGGCUGGUCAGUAUCGUCUGCUGCGCCUGUCAACAAAGGAGCCAGAAAGGAUGAUCCAUCCUCCUCUUUGAGCAUGAAUGAGCCGCAGCCAACCCCUUGGUGGUCGCCGUUUUUGCCAAGCAAAUCAAGUCGUCCCAGCACAGCGGAAAGGGAAGCUGUCAUCGAUGAGCACAGCGGCGAGGCUGGAAGCAGGACUGGCGACACUCAAUCGACUUUGCAGGGUGUAUCGGAAGUAUCAGGGGACAAGAGCACUCGAGAAAAAAGCUCUCGCGUCAGACCACCUCCAGUCUCGCCCGGGCAGUCCCUGCGGAGGGUCGAACCUAGCGGCGAGACUGAGCCGCCGUCGCCUGGACCAAGCGCCCACACAACGGAAACGACAUCCACGGAAGAUUCCGAUGAGAGGCGCUUGUGGAAUUCGUUUCCAGAGCAAUCCCGUCGUCACCCCCCUGGCUUGAUCGCGCUCGAGCUGGAGCAAAAACGCGUCGAGGCUUUGGCAAAGCGGGACCCAGAACGCACCCCAACGCUCUCCACCGCGGACCGAGUCGAUGGAGCCGCAUCUUCAAGAUUCGACCUAGGAACUUCACCUGCCCUUUCUCUAUCUGCCCUCACGCCGGUCGACCUGGUCUCUUCACCCGACUCAGAGCGAGGCGGGCUUGGAGGGUUUCCCGCGUCACAAGCUACGGAGCUCUCUGUAAGCCCUUCGCAGGGCGGAUUGAUACCCAUCAAGGAAGAGUCUUGGAGCUCAAGUUUGGAUUCUGCAGCCAGUAAAGAGCCAUCACCUACAUCAUCUCAAUUGAAGCAUUGAUUCUUCCAACCAACAAGCGAGCCUGGCGAUUUCCACUGCACGAUCUUUGUUACGCUGCAAUGCUCCAUUUUGUCUUCAACGAUGGCCUACGUGCCCA